AUGUUUGCGCACUAUUACGUGCUGGAUUUUCCCGAAGAUAUGUUGCUAAACAUAUCUCGACACACCAAGUUUGGUGUGUCGAGACAAUGUGUUCAAAAUGUUUCUAAGAAGCAAAAACAGAAGAUUGGAGUAGUUAACCGUCCGGAUCAAGGUAGUGACCGUGCUACAACCAAAAGAGAAGACCGUCGAUUAUUCACUUUAUGUAAAGAAGGCCGUUAUAAAACUAGUCGGAAAUUGGCUUCUGAGUGGGUUUUGCCGAAUGUGCCGGUCGUUACACCGCGUACGGUACGGAAUCGGUUGGUUGAGGCGGGUUACAGGAGCUACGUUACGAAACGAAAGCCGUUUCGAAAAGCACGUUACCGUCACGUACGUUUAAAAUUUGCUCGUGAACAUCAAUACUGGUCCGAUAAUGAUUGGAAAUGUGUGGUAUUCUUUGAUGAAUCUCAUUUUGAGGUAUUGAAUCGAAAAAAUCGAUCAUUUGUUCGUCGUCUUCGAUCUGAGCAAGAUAAACCGUUCAACUUUCGUGCUUGUGUACAAGGAGGAGGGAGCUGCGUCUCUGUCUGGAGGUGUAUGACGGCUGAAGGUAUCGGUACAUUGGUCGUAGACAAGGGGCAAGUGAAUGGAAAAAAGUAUAUCGACAUGUUGAUUCUAAGUUUGCCAUCGUUUAUCAAAAAACGAUUUAAACCUGAUCAAAAAUGGUACUUCAUGCAAGAUAAUGCCCGGUGCCACAGGUGCAAAUUUAGUAAACAAUGA